AUGCGUGGCAAAGUUGAGCAAAGCGGACAUAUCGGGCAGAAACAGCACUGCGAUCAGCAGCCUAUCGACGACGCCACCAGGCAAAGACAGAACGGCUACACCGACAUUGAUGAGAAUAUGUUAAUGGUCGGAAUUGGUGGAGGGGUGCCUGUAUCCGACAAUUCUUCAACGGAAGAUGAUAUUCGGCUGGGGGAUGUGGUCGUCAGCAAACCGUCGGGGACCUCAGGCGGAGUGAUCCAGUACGACUUUGCAAAAUUGGAAGCCGGUCAUAUAGGACAUGAAAGCAGAAUUUCGGAUAUCCUAGCCGAUUUGCAGUCGAGGCAACCUGGUGUAGCUGCCAAGUUCAGAUAUCCUGGUCCGCAAUGCGACCAACUUUUCCCUGCAGAGUAUGAGCAUUUCGAAGAGAGCAGUACGUGUGAGAGAUGCGAUCAAAGCAAACUCAUUGCUCGACAGGACCGAGCUUCAACACAUCCUAAGAUUCACUACGGGUUGAUUGCCUCAGGAAAUCAGGUGAUGAAACACGGAAUAACGCGAGAUCGCCUGGCAGGAGAAUUGGAUGUCAAAUGCUUCGAAAUGGAAGCCGCCGGGUUGAUGGAUCAUUUCCCCUGUCUAGUGGUUCGUGGGAUAUGCGACUAUUGCGAUUCGCACAAGAACAAGAGAUGGCAGCCAUACGCCGCGGCUACCGCCGCGGCCUAUGCGAAGGAGCUUCUCUCAGUGAUCCCGGGCGCUCCCAAGUCUGACGAAGGUAGAAACGAGCCGUUUCGGGUUCCAUUUGACUUGACAGGCAUCCCAGUCAUGAAUGGAUUUCUUGGUCGUCGGGGAGACUUACUCCGGUUAUGGAAUUGUUUACAGCCGGGAAAACGAAACCAGCAAAAGGUAGUGGUCAUUCAAGGACUUGGGGGGAUGGGAAAGACACAGCUGGCCGUUGAAUUUGCCCGACGUCACAAGAACGACUUUACAGCCGUUCUUUGGGUCAAUGGGCAGAGCAGAGAAACGGUUCUUCAUUCAAUGGUAUCGAUUUUGUCGAGGCUGCCUGGUAUACAAGGAUUCAAAGAUGAAUUUGCGGAGGAAAGCAUUGAGGAAAAGGCCAGCCAUACUCUCCGCUGGCUUAGCAUGAAUGAAAAUUCCAAGUGGCUACUUGUGUUUGACAAUGUCGAUCAUGACGGUGAAAAUAUUUGCGACUCCUUCCCACCGGCUGAUCAUGGAUCAAUUUUGAUCACUACCCGCCAUGCGAAGCUGGCACGACUUGGUAAUUACCAGCAGAUUAGGCGACUUCCCACUGAAGAAGCGAUGCAGCUUCUGGUGAACUGCUCGGGAUAUGAGAUUGCACGUGAGAAAUCUGCCCCAACAGUCAACAACGAAGCAAAAGACCUCGUCAAUCGACUGGGGUGCCUACCCCUUGCUAUCGUAAUGGCCGGCUCCUACAUUCACGGUACCGGAAUAAGCUUCCGGAAUUACCUGCGCCAUUAUGAACAGUCGUGGAAAAGAAUGCAACAGACGACCACAGCCCACCUCGAAUACUCGAACGGGAACCUCUUGACAACAUGGAAGAUUUCCUACGACGAAGUACGCAAAAGAAAUGCAGCGGCUGCGAACUUACUGCUGCUUCUUUCUUACUUCGAUAAUCAAGACGUCUGGUUCCAGCUAAUAAGGAGUGGAAAUAUUGCAAUUUGCAGUAUAAUCCCCCAGUGGUUCCAAAGUAUAGUUUCAGACGAAACAAGCUUUCUCGCCAACGUCAAUUUGCUGAUUUCAUUUUCUUUGGUGGAGUCAAAUCCACAAUGUUCCAGCUACUCCGUGCACCCCGUGGUUCACGACUGGUGUCACUACGAACUACUGGGCGAACUGGAUCAGCCCACGCGUAUGCAACUCAGGAUGACUGCCCUUGCUGCAAUCGGACAUGCCGUGCCCUCGGUCGCUGAGAAGCAACACUGGGUUUUGCAGCAGCGCGUCCUCCCCCACGCCAACCGGAUGCUGGCUUGUCUUUCAAAGAGCCCUUCAAUACCACAGGAGCCGGCACUGAUCCAAGCGCUUCAUAACUUGGGGCUUCUAUACAAAAGUCAACGAAAGCCGAACGAGGCCAAGCAAAUGUACCAGCUUGCUCUGACCCGGCUGGAAACUUCGGCAGGACUUAAUUACCCCCUGGCGUCCCGACUCCAAAUCAUCAACAAUCUCGCCAAUCUUUAUCGCAAUCAGAAGGAAUUUCACCAAGCAGAGAGUCUAUAUCAGCGUGCUCUGGCUGGAUUUGAGGAGACGCACGGACCGCGAAGUGAGUCCAUUCUGGCAAUUCUUGGGAACCUGGGAAAUCUCUACAGCGAUCAAAGAAAAUUCGCGGAGGCAGAGGAGGUGUAUCGCAGAGCAUUGAUGGGAUUUGAAAAUGCUCUUGGCCAUAGUAGCUCUUCGACGCUCAAAAUUGUCCUCAAUCUGGGGACUCUUUACACUGACCAAGGUAAAUGGAAGGAAGCCAAACAGAUGUUUCGCCGGGCAGUGAAUAGUCUUCACAGGACUCUAGAUUUCAAUGACCCGGCAACUCUGACGGUGGUUGUGAACAUAGGGGAUCUUUGCAUCAAAUCCGGGAAGUCCAGAAAGGCGAAACGAAUCUAUGAGGAUGCGUUGUUAUGA